GCGAACGUGUGAUUGUGUUAUUGUGGCGGAGCCUGUGUUAAAAUGGAAACAAAAUAUUUCUCACUUGAAGAAAUCGGAAAAAAUAACGGAAAAGACGGAAACAAGACGUGGAUCUUGAUCAAAAAUAACGUAUACGACGUUACGGAAUAUCUAGACGGGCACCCUGGGGGCGGCGAACUGAUAACAGAAUGGGCGGGGAAAGAAUGCACUAAAGCCUUCGACGACGCCGGGCAUUCCGGAGACGCCAAAAAAGAGCUCAAACGGUACAAAAUCGGCGAACUUCGCGAGGAGGACCGAAAACAGAAAAAAUCCACCACCAUCUCCAAUCCCAAAGAAGAUCGACGGAGUUUCUGCAGUUACUUGACUUGCGGUCUGUGCGCCUGAUGAUUUUAAUCUAAAUCUGUUCUCUGUGAUAAAACGCUGUUUUUGUGUGUAUGAAUAAAUAUUUUAUUAAAGAGAUUACGAGUCGA